AUGCGAGCGAGCUCUUCGAGAUCACCUUCCAUCGUAUCCAUCCCUGAUACAGAUGGUAGUGAUUAUACGCCCAUAGCAGACAGUCCAGCCGGACGAACAUCGGUCAAACGGAAGAGGCCAUCCGUCACUACUUCUUCCACCUCGACGGUGAAAAGAGCCAAAGGUAAGGGUACGACAAAAAGCGAAGUGGUAGAUAUUGAAGAUACUGCUGGACCAAGUGUACCAAGAGAUCAUGGAUCGGAAUAUCAUACUGUCGAUGAGAUUGUCAAAUUUCAAAAGGAUUUAUUGGGUUGGUUUGAAAGAUGCAGAGAGACGAGAGGUAUGCCAUGGAGGAAGAGAUAUGAUUCGGAAUUGAGUAUGGAAGAGAAAGGUCAGAGGGCUUAUGAAAUCUGGGUUUCCGAAGUCAUGUUACAGCAGACCCAGGUUGCUACCGUAAUAGCAUAUUGGAAACGGUGGAUAGAGAAAUGGCCUACUAUAGCUGAUCUAGCCAAAGCUGAUGUCGAGGAAGUAAAUGCUAUGUGGCGUGGACUUGGAUAUUAUCGUCGUGCUCGAUCAUUACUGGCUGGAGCAAAGACUGUAAUGUCCAAAUCGAAAUAUCAAGGAAGAUUACCUGAUGAUCCGGCGGUAAUGGAAAAAGAGAUCGACGGUGUAGGAAGGUACACUGCUGGAGCAAUUUGUUCCAUGGCGUAUGGGGUGCGAACACCAAUCGUUGAUGGAAACAUACAUCGACUAUUAACUCGAUUGCUUGCUGUUCACACACCGCAGACAAGCCCCAGUACAAUCAAAUUCCUCUGGACUUCGGCUGAAACAUUGGUAAAUAAACUGACAGAGGAAAAAGGGAUUGCCGGAGAUUGGAAUCAAGCUUUGAUGGAAUUGGGUAGUCAAGUUUGUAAACCUGUUUCACCGGAUUGUGGAUCGUGUCCAUUGAGAGAAGGAUGUAAAGCUUUUUCCGAGUUAUCAAAACCUCCUCCUACACCCCAAGAACCGAUUUGUACCCUCUGCGCUCCUAUACCAUUGAGUCCUAACACGGAUAAGAUACCAAGUGUCACGAUCUUCCCUAUGCGCAAGGAGAAAAAGGUGUCGCGAAGUGAGGAAGAAUCUGUUUUAGUACUAGAAUGGAAAGGUGAAAGUGAUGAGGACAGGAGAUGGUUAUUCGUCAAACGACCUGAGAAAGGUCUACUAGCCGGAUUAUUCGAACCUCCAACCUCUCCCGUGCCCACCUCAUCCUCACCGUCCAAAUGCCUCGAUGCUUCCUUGACCUUUUUGCAGGAUUACCUAGGGUUCUCAGCUGGGAUGGGGACACAUCGAUACGUUUCAUCGAUACCUCAUAUAUUCUCACAUAUAAACAUGACAUAUCAUAUCCAUCAUUCAAUCAUAUCUUCACCUACCCCUCCUCCCAUUCUCGCAUCAGCACCAAGAUCGACGAUAUGGUUAACUAGGGAUGAAGUGGACCAUGCGAAUGUCGGCACGGGAGUCAAGAAAGUGUGGGCCGAGGUGUACGGAUCGUGGGGUUCUUUCGAUCUUGACAAUGUCCCAAAGGCGAAGAAACUCAAGAAAGGUAAUUCAAGUGCAAUGAAGAAGAAACCGCUCGAAGAAGUAGUGAAGAAUGGAAAGAUCGUAAAGAAGGUUAUGAUGCCUGCAAUGCCUACUAGAAAGGUCAAGGAGGUAAUUUGA